AUGUGUGACGGGCGUGGCGGGGUGGGGAAGUUUGUCCCGGUUUACCUGUGUCUGCGUUGUCUCGAUGAGCAUCACAUCAACUGGCGCGUGACCGAGUCCAAACCCGAGUUCUUCUACAGCGAGGACCAGCGGCUCGCGCUCGAGGCUCUGCUAACCGGGGGGCGAGAGGCCUUUAGCAGCUACCUCAGUGAACAUGACCUCCGACACUUCCUGUCUGAACCGGAGCUCCUGCGGUUGGCGCGCACCGUGGAGGCCUACCGGCCUGGAAGCGAGCACCUCAAGGCCGAGGCGGGAGCGAAGGAGUACGACGGGGGCAACGGGCCACUGUCAUUACAGUACUGGCCCGACCGCUCUGAAGGUUCUAUACCCGACCUGGAUCUGGGCUGGCCCGACGCCGUGUCAUACCGAGGAGUGACACGUGUCAACAUGCACACGCAGCCCCCAGCUGAUGGACAAACACACAUCAAGGAGGUGGUCCGGAAGACGAUAACACAGGCUCAGAAGGUUAUAGCAGUAGUAAUGGAUCAGUUUAGUGACGUUGACAUCUACAAGGACCUCUUAGAUGCGGCCUAUAAGAGAAGAGUUCCUGUCUACAUCGUCAUCGACACGUCUGCUGUGUCCUGUUUCCUGGACAUGUGUUGUAGAGCCAACAUGCACCAGGGACACCUGAAGGUAACACACACACACACACACACACACACACACACACACACACACACACACACACACACAGGCUUCACGUGGUCGGCGUCUCGUCUGGACCGGAACCUGAUCACGGUUCUGAGCGGUCAGGCAGUUGAGACGUUCGACAAACAGUUCCGUGACCUCUACAUGACCUCUAGGGGUGUGUCCCUCGCCAAGGUUCCGCUGGAGGAGGAGCCUAUCCCUGACCUCACCCCCAUCGCCACCCCCGCCCCGGUCUCCGCAGCCGUUGCUAGGAAACUAAUCAACCCUAAAUACGCCCUAGUUACGUCACAGGCUAAAGCUAACAAUGCUAGCCCAGCUAGCUCUGCUAACGACUCUAGCAACAAGAACUCCACUACCCAAAAUCCACUGGGACGGGUUCUAAAGCCUGCCAGAGAGCCAGUGGAGGCCCCGCCCCUCCACCCAGGACUAGCCAAUCUGGAGAAGGCGUACCUGAUCCCAUACCUGCCCACCUGGCCGGAGCCAGACCCCCCCCGCGACGUGAUUGGCUUCAUCAACGUGAGAGACGCGUCCCGCCCCCAACAGGUCCACCUCCAGAGAAGUCAACAGUUUGAGACCAGCCAGGCCAUCAGGUUCAGCUCUCCCUUCAGCCUGCCUGAGAAACCCCUACCUGAGACUGCUACUCUACGGAAUACACAGCACGACAAACACACGCCUGAUACACAGAACCCUGAUACACAGAUCCCUGAUACACAGAACCCUGAUAUGCCUGAUACACAGAACCCUGAUACACAGAACCCUGAUACGCCUGAUACACAGAACCCUGAUACGCCUGAUACACAGAACCCUGAUACGCCUGAUACACAGAACCCUGAUACGCCUGAUACACAGAACCCUGAUACGCCUGAUACACAGAUCCCUGAUACGCCUGAUACACAGAACCCUGAUACACAGAACCCUGAUACACAGAACCCUGAUACACAGAACCCUGAUACGCCUGAUACACAGAACCCUGAUACCCCUGAUACACAGAACCCUGAUACACAGAACCCUGAUACGCCUGAUACACAGAACCCUGAUACCCCUGAUACACAGAACCCUGAUACACCUGACAUAAACCCCUCCGCCCCUCCAGUCCCUAAACCUCGCACCCUGCAGCUCCUCAUUAGCCCUGCCCAUUCUCACCAGUCUGGCCAACCACAGGUCAACCUGGUCCCCAGGACUGAAAGCCAAUCAGGGACACCGCCUGCCUCCAUCAGCCAAUCUGAAACACUGAUGGAUACCAAGUCCCGCCAUGGGCAGAGAGACGAGGAGGAGGAGUGGCUAGAGGAGGAGGAGUGGCUGGAGGAGGGACUAGAGGGGAGGCGGGGCAGCAGUAGUCGUGACGAUAAUGGCAGCACCACGGCGCUAUGUGACCAGACAGCCAAUAACACGUCGUCUGACGACUUAUACUACGAGUGCAGCGAAUCAGACCCCACAGAAUCCUCGCCGGUGGCCAAUGGGUUAACAGCAGAGUUGGGCCGGGUUGGCGAGGGUCAUCGUCAUGGAAAUGGAGUCAAUGUGAUGGCGAGGUUCUCCCAGAGCAUGCUGGACCUUCGGCCUCACAGCCAAUCAGACGACAGGGGAGUUCUAAUGAGCCAAUCACAGGACCGAAGGGGCCAACAGACACGCCCUCAGCCACACAGACACAUCGGACAGAGUUGA